AUGUUCCAUAUACUUUACAGCAAAUGUUCUAUACCUUACAAAAUAGGAAUCAAAUAUAUUGACAACAGUGCUGCUGCAAAAGAUGGCAACAACAGAAAAACGCUAGGGUUCGUACGGGCUGGAGUGCAGACACAGACUGAUGGCGGGGUAAAAGUUACGGAAAAUCGAGAAGACAUUGAGCUACCAGAAGAAAGCGACUCCGAUGGUGAUGAUGAGAAAGUGGAAAUUGUAAAGAAGGAUGUUCCAUCUGAGGUCUUUGGAGGACUGGUCAGAAAGAGGGUUGAUUCGAGGAUAAUGCUCCUGCAAAUAGUGAGAACCGGCGGCUUGGUGCUCUUGAUAGGAUAA